UUAUGUCAUGUUCUGUUUCUGUUUCCUUUUUAGUGCUGAUUUCACUUAUACCAGUGGCCCAUGCUCAAGGGAGUCCUAAAGCUGUGGUGUCCAUAAAGCCUGAUACACAUGUGUUCACUGGAGAGCAUGUUACUCUCAGAUGUGACGUACAGAGAGGAGGAAGCACUCAGUGGACAUACAGCUGGGAUAAAAAUAAUAACAGACUCACAGACAGCACAAUGCAGGAGUUCAUAAUCUGGUCUGUUACAGACUCUGACAGUGGUGACUACACCUGCAGAGGACAGAGCAGUGACUCUCAGAGCUCAGAGGUCAGUGAUGCUGUUACACUGACUGUAUCAGCAAAACCCAAACCGACUGUGAGAGUGAAUCCUCAGAGCUCUGUCUACACUGGAGACACCAUCACUCUGAGCUGUGAGCUGCAGCAGUCGACUGGAUGGGAGUUUUUCUUCUACAAAAAUAAUCCGCAGUUACAGCUUCUGAACAGUGAACAAGCACACACACUUAAAGUGACAGUCGAUAAUGCAGGAGAAACAGUGUACCGGUGUCAGGCAUGCAGGAGAAACUACAACAACCCACAGUACAAAUACUAUGACUACUGCACAGAUCUCAGUGAUCCUGUCAAGAUUACAGUGAGAGCAAGACCUAAACCAGUGGCAUCCAUAAAUCCUGAAAAACAGGUGUUCAGUGGAGACGCCGUCACUCUGAGAUGUGACAUACAGGAUGAAAGUGUCUCUAGCUGGCAGUACAGCUGGUAUAAAGAUGCUUCACACAGUCGUGUCAGUAGUGAACAGGUGUACAGGAUCAGUGGGGUUGAAGUGACCCACACAGGUAAAUACACCUGUAGAGCAGCAGAGAGAAGAGGCUCACACUCCUCACACUUCAGUGAUGCUAUUACACUGACUGUAUCAGAGAGACCACGGGCAGUACUGAGUGUAUCUCCACAGAGCUGGCUGACUGAAGGAGACUCAGUGACUCUAAGGUGUGAGGUUACAGACUCCUCUACAGACUGGACAUUCAGCUGGUACACAACUGUUCCCUACAGAGACGGCUUAACUCAAAUAAAAAAUAAUCGUGGCUAUAGCAUGUAUGUGGAGCUCCUCUCAGACAGCAGCAGAGGAUCUGGAGGCUCCUACACUCUCAGUCCUGCUGCUCUGAAUCACACAGGAGUUUAUAUGUGCAGAGGAGAGAGAGGAGAACCAGCCGUUCACACACAGUACAGCAAUCCACAGCCACUAUGGAUCACUGGUGAAUCUCCUCCAGUAUCUCUGAUCAUCAAUCCCAGCAGAACUCAACACUUUACUAAAGACUUUCUCUCACUGAGCUGUGAGGACCAGAGUAACUCUACUGGAUGGACAGUGAGACGAUACACACACAGUGAGGGAGUGUUAGAUUGUUCACGAUGGGGAUCAGUUACAGGAUCUACAUGUAAAAUCAGCUUCCUCUCCACAUCACACACUGGAGUUUACUGGUGUGAGUCUGAAUCUGGAGAAAACAGUAAUCCUGUCAACAUCACAGUGCAUGGUCCAUCAUGUGUAGAAGCUCCAUUCUCAGUGCUCAUGCUGAUCAGUAGUGUAGUGACGGCCUCUCCGUAUCUGCUGGUGACCAUCAUUCUGCUGAUCAAAUGUUACAGAGCUCGAGCUCACACUGAUGAAGAGAGAAUUGAGAAUGCAGUCAUAGAGGAGUGAGCAAAGUUCAUCUAACAAAAAGACAAUGUGUUUAAUGUAAAAAUAAUUUCAUAAUUUCUUGUUCUUUAGGGCUUUGUGGGGUUUUUAAAAUGAUACUGAUUUGCCAUUUUAAUGUCAUGCUGUUAUUUGCUCAGCAUCUUAUAGACACCCUCGUUGUUCUGACAGGAUUUGUUUAGCUAAAGCCUGCAAAACCCCUCAUGAAGAGAA